GGAGGUGUCCAUCCACGAGCUUUCUCCUGAAGCUGCCAUUUUGAAAUCUCUACUACUCCACGAACUUUCUAUCUUUCAUAAAGCUCCCUCCUCUUUUUGUUUAUUUCGCUUCUUAUGGGAAGAACUCUGCUGAACUUCAUGAUAUUCAAACUUCUCUUCUGAUGAAGCAGAGCCGGAAAUUCAUGUUCAUUCACCACAUGCAUGAGCGGACAAUUCCCUAUGGUUUUAUGUAGGCCUGCAGUCGCACUUUCUUCCUCAUCUUCCCAUCCUGUUUUCCCGCCAUUGAUGGGAAGUAGAAAGCUGGUAAGAAGGAACAGAGGUUGGUAGGUGUAAUCGCUGAGGCAAAAGCAACGGAGUUUUUGAAACUGGGAAGGGCUUAUUAUUCGACACCAAUAGGUGUUAAUAGAGUCCAUCGAGUUUGAGAGACUGCAAACUCUAUCAGUGGAAGAACAUGAAUUCGGGGAAAACCAAUUUUGCGAGUUUGGUCGAACUGCGGAUGAUCCGCUGAGUGGUGAUGUUAUACUCUUGUCUAUGUCGCUUGCUUUCAUAUCGCUGUCAUUUUCAGCGAGUUGUCAGAAAAUAAAAGUUUUCUCCAUGAAAGGUGGUUCAAUCACGAGCAUUAUUCAUGAUCCAGUUGCUUGUUCUUUGGGUUUCCAUUGUAAAGAAACAUAGUCAUGGAUAGUCGUCUGCACUUUCACUUUGUGAUGUUAUGGUUAUUAACCUACAAGCGGUUUUGAUGCCUUUGUCGUUUCAGAUUCUAACAAGCUCUACGAGAAGUUGCUUUCAUCUCCUUGUUGUUUAUAUCAUUCGAAGAUUGCAAUUUGGAGAAAUCAGGGAACUCGGAGCAGUGAUGUCGGAGCAGUGAUGUGCUGCUAGACACGGGGUUUGGCCAACCACAUAUAGAAUAAUUGUGAACAAACUUUUAGAUGGAUAUCAGAGAGGAUACGAGAGAUUUUGCGAAGAUCAAAAGCUUGAGAAUGCCAUUAAGCUCCUUGCUUGUAUCAGUGAGGAAAAUACUUGAUCCGCAAAGUCCAUGUCUUCAACAGUGGAACAGGAUAUUCUUGAUCUCGUGUGUUUUCGCACUAGCUUUGGACCCGCUGUUUUUCUACAUCCCUGUGAUUGACGUUAAUAAGCGGUGUCUUGAUAUAGACAACAGAAUGAAGAUCAUUGCAUCCCUUCUUCGAACUAUAAUCGAUGCAUUUUACAUUAUCCACGUAAUCAUCAAAUUUCAUACACAGUACACAAUCCCUCCUUCCAGACGGUUUGGAAGAGAGGUUUUAAUUAAUUAUCCAUCAGCUGUAUCCCGAAGAUACUUCUUGUUGUACUUCUUCCUUGAUAUCCUAGCGAUUCUUCCAAUCCCACAGGUCGUGGUAUUUGUUAUCAUUCCCACACCCCACAGGCCAGGUGCUUUAAUGAUAAAGGAGUCAUUGAAGUUCAUCAUUUAUGGCCAAUGUGUACCGAGGAUUAUUAGGAUCUAUCCACUGUACAAGGCAGUGACAAGAACAUCCGGUUUACUUCUUGAAAAAGCCUGGGCUGGGGCUGCCUUCAAUCUUCUGCUUUUCAUGUUUGCCAGUCACGUCUUUGGAACUUUUUGGUACUUAUUCUCGAUCGAUAGAAAAGUCAGGUGCUGGGAAGCGGUGUGUCUAAGACCAGACUGUGACUCUUCAUAUUUAUACUGCAGCACAGCACAGAAACAGAACUAUACGUUUCUUGACACUGCUUGUCCUCUGAUUGAACCCAAUGACAUUAAGGAUUCAAAAGAGUUCAGCUUCGGAAUAUUCAUCGAUGCCCUCCGGUCUGGCAUGGUGGAGUCAAAAGACUUGUCAAAGAAGUUAUUCUACUGCUCUUGGUGGGGAUUCCGCAAUCUUAGCUCUUUGGGUCAAAACCUACAAACAAGCACCUCUGUGGGGGAGAUUGUCUUUGCUUUCAGCAUAGCUAUAGCCGGCUUGGUCUUGUAUUCAUUGCUUAUCAACAACGUGCAGAAAAAUCUGCAGUCUACUAAAGUUAGAAGAGCAGAGGAGAGGAGAGCAAGGAGGCAAGAUGCAGAGCAAGAUGUAGAGCAAUGGAUGUUGCGCCGUAUGCUUCCAGAGGGCUUGAAGGCCCGAAUUAGGCGGUACGAACGGUACAGAUGGCAAGAGACGAGAGGUGUCGAUGAAGAAUCUUUGAUCAGGAACCUCCCUAAAGAUCUCCGUGGAGACAUAAAGCGUCACAUUUGCCUGGACCUUCUACUGAGAGUGCCCAUGUUUGAGAUAAUGGAUGAACAAUUGCUGGACGCAAUGUGCGAUCGCCUCAAGCCAGUCCUGUACGCAGAGAAGAGCACGAUUGUGCGUGAGGGGGACCCAGUCGACGAGAUGCUCUUCAUCAUAGGAGGCAAGUUGGUGACCAUGACCACGAAUGGUGGAAGAACAGGAUUCUUCAACUCAGUCUAUUUGAAGCCAGGUGAUUUCUGUGGAGAAGAAUUGCUUACUUGGGCCUUAGAUCCAAAUUCCUCCUCCAAUCUUCCCAACUCGACGGAAACCGUAGAAGCUAUUACAGAGGUCGAAGCCUUCGCACUCACUACCUAUGACCUGAAGUUUGUGGCCUCUCAGGUUCGGCGUCUUCACGGCAGGCAUCACCAACAUAUUUUCAGGUUCUACUCUCGACAAUGGAGGACGUGGGCAGCUUGCUUUAUACAAGCCGCUUGGCACCGACACUGCAAGAGGAAGCGUGAUAAGGCUUUGCGCGAUGCAGAGGACAGGUCACACAAUGCUUUAGCAAAGGAUGGCGGCGCUUCGCCGAGCCUUGCUGCUACUAUAUGUGCAUCAAGAUUCGCAGCCAAAGCAUUGAGGAAUUUAAGGAAAAGUGGUAGCAUAAAGAUGCCGCGGAGGCUACCUCCGUUGAUGCCUCAAAAGCCAGCUGAACCUGAUUUCACAACCGAUGGCAGUAAGUAAAGAUCCUCCCAACUCUUUUGUCCAAAUGUGGCAUAGUUGGAGGAUGUUUCUACUCAGAUGUGAUAUGCAAAUAGAUAACAUAGCAAUAUGAUGUCCUCAGAUGUGUUAUGCAAAUUGAUAACUCAACAAUAUGAUGUAGAAUCUUGAUCUCGGUAUAUGAUUCCAACUGUGCUGUAAAAUGCCAUACUUCGCCUCGAGAAAAGAUGCCCUCUGU